GGCGUGGUCAGAUGGCCAAACUAAAUUACGCCUUCACUCAAGAGUGGCUUUUCGUAGAGUAACGACGCCGUUUCUCAAUCCAACCGCCACAUUAUUCCCCUCUGUCCACCGGACCGCUGCUUCCUUUCCGGUUUGGCUUAAACCCCUCCCUCUAAAACCUCCAUAGCAUUUCCAUUGGAGUUCAGAAAUUCAUGAACUUGUUCGGCGUCGCUUUUAUGAUUCUCUCACCGGAAAACCACUCUCUCCGCCAGCUUCCGUCGCUUAAUUCGUCUUUUCAGUAGAAAUCAACUUCGAUUACUAUAACAAUGCGCAGAUGGAAACCGCUUUGGUCAUCAACAAAUGCGAUUCUACAGAAUUCUUCGUAUCGACGUUCAAGCUUUCCAGUUGCUUCAUCCAUAAGCAGGCAGUUACAUGGAACCGCUUCUUCGGCGUUUCCUCAUAGCCGCCCAAAAAUGUGGCAUCGCACUUCCAUUUUGAAUGCUGCUGAUUUAGUGAGUACUAAAUGGAUGUUGACGGCAAAGAAUUUUAUUCAUUCUGCAGCUUCCGAUGCCAAGCAACGGGAUUAUUAUGAAAUUCUUGGAGUCUCUGAAACUGCCACCAGAGAGGAAAUUAAGAAGGCUUUUCAUGCCCUUGCUAAGAAGUACCACCCGGAUGCUAAUAGGAAUAAUCCUUCUUCGAAGAGAAAGUUUCAAGAGAUAAGAGAAGCUUAUGAGACUUUACAAGAUCCUAAAAAGAGAUCUCAAUAUGACAGGAUGAAGGAGGAUAACGGAACUGCUGAGGGUGUAAAAUUCUCUAUGGGGGAUGCUGGUGGCUUUCGUUAUAGUUAUAGUGAUAUUAAUAGAAAUGAAUUUUCUGAUUCAUUUCACAAAGUUUUUUCUGAGAUAUUUGAAAAUGCAGCUGAUUUUAUGGCCACCGACAUUGAGGUGGAGCUUUCACUGACUUUUUCUGAAGCUGCUCAGGGGUGCACUAAGCAUCUUUCUUUCGAUGCAGAUGUCACAUGUGAUUCUUGUGAUGGUCGUGGCCAUCCAUUGAAUGCAAGAUCAAAAGUGUGCCCCAGUUGUCGAGGCGCAGGGAAAGUUUCAUUGGGUCCUUUUUUUGAAACUUGCAAUACAUGCAGCGGAUCUGGACGAGUUGUGAAGGAAUUUUGUAGGGAAUGCCAAGGAUCUGGUAUAGUUGAAGGAGUGAAGGAGGUCAAAGUAACAGUUCCAGCAGGGUUGGAUACUGGGGAUACUAUUCGUGUUCCAAAAUCUGGUAAUGCUAGCAAGCGGGGAUUCCAACCAGGAAACUUAUUCAUCAACAUUAAGGUAUCUGAAGACCCCAUAUUUGUCAGGGAUGGUGCUGAUAUAUAUGUAGAUAGUAAUAUUAGUUUUACACAAGCUAUACUUGGUGGGGAGGUGGAAGUGCCAACUUUAUCUGGAAAAGUGCAACUGCAAAUUCCUAAGGGGGUUCAACACGGACAACUUCUGACGCUAAGAGGCAAAGGCUUGCCGAAGAGAGGCUAUUUUGUAGAUCAUGGAAAUCAGUAUGUGCGGUUUCGCGUAAACUUCCCUGUAGUCUUAAACGAGCGCCAGCGUGCUAUAUUAGAUGAGUUUGCCAAGGAAGAAGUUUCCAAUGAAGAAAACCGGUUGCAGCACAUUUUUGAUCGAUUCCUCAGCACCAGAUCUGUGCUUGAAUUCUCUAUCUUGAUGUUGAUCCUUCUGUUCGUAAUGAAGAUUCUUUGAUUGGUGCCAUCAUUAGCUGAAACUCGGAGUCACAAAGGGAAUCAAUCUAACUGGUUAGUGGCUGAUUCAAACUCUUUUGCUGAUAAAAGACUGCUGCUUUCAUCACGGAUGGGUAUUUAUUGGACAUCUCUAGCUUGCAGAAGUUUUAUUCCUCCUAAUUGGCGGCAUCUUCAGCAGCUAGGCAAUUGCUAACGAAUUUGAGUUACAUGUAUAGGUCAAUUAUGUGAAGCUUGAGUCAUGAACCACACGCGUUUCUUUGUCACUUAAUAGCAUGAAAAUAUUCAUAUAGUGCGUAAGAUUGUUGAAGCAACAUCUCAUUUUAUCAAACAGUAAAUAAAUUUUGCAAUUCCUCUGUUCUUUCUUACAAGAUAUGGUUGCCAAACAAGUAGUAGCGAAAAUCCAAUGAGACGUGUUUCUGUGUUUUGUUUUACUCUUUGCACACAAAAUUCAUUAAUGACAUGUUUCAACAUUUGCACACCUACCACUUAGGUCUAAUCAGCUUCACUCAUAUUACAAGAGAAAAUCAUGGAAGAGCAUCUGCGGAUAUAUCUGUGUCGUCCAUUUGUUUCUUUUUCUUCUUGUUGCGCUUGAACUCACCGUAGAUGUGAGAAGCAAAUCCCCAAAGAGAUAGAACUAGGGCAACGGCCUUUUCUGCUUGAAACUUUUCGUGGUAGCAAAUGACAGCUAAAACUUCUGUCACCGGAAGUAAGAAGGUAAUGAUGAUGCCGGAUACCAAAGAUGAAGAACAAAAGAUGAUCCCGGUGAUACCCAAGGUAAAAAAUUGCCAAACAAUGGCAAUGCAGACAAGCACCACGUAAUAGUUUGUUUCCCCAAGUUGAUAUUUUCUUGCUUCAUGUGAAAUUGCCUGCAAAACAUUGAGGCCUCAUUCAAUAACUGAUGUACAGUCUCUGAUGAGCUAUUAUGUUCUUUAACUCGUAUCUUUUUAUAUUCCGAGUCAUUUCAUUAUACGAAUUCUGCGUUUUUCAUUGAGAUUACAAUUAGAAAGACAGACCUGAAAGUCGUGAUUCACUAUCAUUCCAAUGAUGUUGACAAGAGAUGCAGAUAUACAGAAGGCUAUCUGAAUCUCCAUCACCAAAGCAUAGGUGAUUGCCUGUUUUGCUUUCAUGUAUGUCAACUCUAUCAAGGGGAAGAUUGCCCCUGAUACAGCUGCAGAUACAAAAGUGAAAAUAAAACCCAAGAUGUACAUCCUAUUACUCUCUCCCUUGGGUCUGUCAUUGCCGCCCGCAUGCAUAGCCAAAACCGCCGAUCCUAUGCUCAACAACACAACGGCAUUUACUGUAUACACAUCAAACUUCUGUUUGACAAUGAUGAAAGCAGCAAACGAAGUAAAGAUGAGUUGGGAUGCGAGGAUUAGACUCGACGUGGACACUGGCAAGUGGCCGAUGCCAAAACAGUAAAAGUAAUUUGAUACGCCAAUAAUGACGCCAACACACAUGGCUGCCAGUAGUGUUGGAAGUUUGAUGAGAACUAGCUUGGUAUCUGAUCCUGGCUGGGUUGUACUCCGGCGGUGGAAGUAGGCGGCUAUAAGCGGGAUGAAAAUAACCGGCCAUCCUCCGGUGUGUAACCAACCUAUAAGCCACACUCUGCCGCCACCGUGGAGGAAAUACAAACGGGUGAUCAACGGUCCGCCACAGGCACCAAUGACUACAGAAAUACAGCUCAAGACAAGGAAUAUCUUCUUCGCGGGACUACCAACCCGAUCACCCAUAUGUAAUACCUCCUAGAUAAACUAUAAUUAACAAAACAAAUCAGAGAAAAAUUAAAGAUCAAGGAGUUGGAAGGGAUUAAAAUGCACUCAUUAAGUCAUGAACAAAACUGAUUAGAUAUUGCUAGACUAUUUGUCGAUCAAUACUCGUCAAGUUUUAAUCAAAAGAAGAUUAUGCCAAGACUAGUUCAUUUGUAGGCCAACCUAAUAGGAACUUUUUUGCUUUUAAUAACUUAAGUACCACAUGCGACGAUUAAUUAGAAUUAUUGUAAGUAAUCUGUUAUCACCUUUGAAUUAUUAAACAACAAUGGCAAUAGAAUAGAUUAUGCAAGUCUUUUUCAUUCAUGAAUUCGGUUCACCUAAUCUACCACUUGUCAGAAACAUUAUUCUCGGAUUAUGGUCAUCUGAUUCGAUGUUUUCUUAAUGCGCGCCCAGCGUAAGCAUUCAUUAGAGACGCAAGCGUUAGUCCAAAAAUGAUGAUUUAGUUUUGCCUACGGCUAACGUUUCAAAAUCUGUUUGCUUUCAAUGUUGAAUUGCAUUUGGUAAGUUAACCAAAGAAAAAAAAUUGCAUUUGGUAAUGAUUACGAUUAAUUCUCACCCAUAUUAACACUAGGGCAAGUGAAAUGUGCUUAAUGAACAAAACAAUAAACGAAAUGAGUACAUGAUUUCUCUUUUCUUGCAAGAUAAACCUACUAUUGGAAAUAUAUAUGCCCUUAAUAAAAAAAAAAAAAUUGAAAUGACAAUAGCUUAGGGAUGAAAAUUCAAACUUUUUUUAUUUGUUGAGAGACAAAUUCAGAAUUAUGUUGAAAUUGAGGGAUUCCUUUCGUAAUGGUUCCAUUUGAAAGUGAUGUAAAACAUCGUAUGGCCAUGCCAAUCUAAGCAAUCAUUGUCAUAAAUUCGUACUCGUGGAAGAGGUUUCAUUGGAAUAGAAAAGAUCCUAACGACGGCAGAAACAAAGAUAUUUAAGUAAGGAUCAAGAUUCUUAUCAAAUUCGUCACCAACUACAAUACAUGACUGUAUUCGCACUCUAAUGGAUUGGGUAAAGUGAGGUAAGAAAAUUUAAACAAGUCUAGUUGAAAAAGCAAACUCAACCACACCACAUUCUUUCUCAAUAUAAUUUGUGUCCCAUUUGAAUAAUUUAAUUUUAUCGUACUGAUAAAAUUCUUAAAAUUAAACAGACAAAAAGUAUAAAUGUUUCCUUAUUAUUAGAUUAAUUAAAGACGUAUCCUUGGCCAACUUAAUUAAGUAUGCUUAGUUGGAGUAAACAUGAUUCUAAAACAUUGAUUUUGGAAUUACUUGCUCUAUUUUUAUUUUUAUUUUUUUUUUCUAAAGGCGGUUUGAUAUUGCAAACAUUUUCGACACUUUUGAUAAUUAAUUUGGACGGUUUGUUUCUAGGUUAGCUAUGUCACUCAUUCAAAUGAAUGCAGUUUAAUAAUGAGAUUAUCCCAACUUCUCAUCAGGACUUGUUGGUGUAACUUUUCCAAUCAAAUUACUUACUUUGAUUCAUUUUAUUGGGGCACAUUUACUAAUUGGUCUUCAGCAGUCACAAAAUUUCUAGUUUCUAAUUUACCCAUCAUCAUUGAUAAUUUAAAUCUAUUAAUGGCCAAUAUUUAAUUAAAUUAUUCCAAACUCUAACGAGGUUAACCAAGGAAUAUUAUGAACACUUUAUUUAACCACCACAAAAAUAAAGUUUUCUUAACUAACGGAAGAAAUAUAUGACUGAUUUAUAUUUGCUUAACGUUUAAAUUUGCUUAGAGAUGAGACGAUUAAACGAUACCAUUCAACGCAUCGCCGCCUGGCAUUGUAUAGCACAUAAAAACAUAUUACGUGUGGAAUGUGAAUCCACCGCACAAUGGCUUGAACUGAUUGGUUUCACAAGUUUAUUUAAUUGGAAAAAAAUAAAAUGUAAGAACUAACUCUUGGGUUUUAAAGGACAAAUACAAUAGUCAAAGCCACAAUUUCAACAAUCAGUUGCAACGUUAGUAUUUUUGAAGUGAACUUCAGUUUUAAGGUCUUUCCAUUACACUGAAAACACAAUGUAGUCCUUAUAAAAGAAAACCAUUCUUUUUCUGGUCAGCCAGCUUGAUGGAUAUAUGUAUGAUACAAAUGAUAUAAUUAUUAUUAUACACAUAAAUUAUGAGAUACUAUUUUUUUUAACCGGGUACGUACAUACUCAGACUGAUCCCUAAGAGAUAACCAUUGUCUGUCAACUUUAGUUACAAGAGAAAAUUAUAGUAGUAAUAAAUGGGAAAUACAUAAAUUUAUCAGUUAAUACAUCUAAAGCAUACUUGUAGUUUUUUCUUUUCUUUAAAAAAAAAAGAGAAAAGAAAAUAGCAAUGACUUGCACACAUUCCAAUAAGAAAGUACUCCCUCCGUCCCAUAAUUAUUGUCCAGUUUGUGUUGUCAUUUCUAGUUCAAAUUGUACUAAAAGUGAAAUCUCAAAUUGGACAAUAAUUUUGAGAUAGAGGGAGUACUUAAAAACAAUUUCUUUCACUCUAAAAACUAUAAAAAGUUAAAAAUACUGACUUGGUGGUAGAACUCUUGACGUUAGCUGUUCUGAAUUUCCAUUUUGGAGCUUCCUUGUUGAAUUAGUUCCUUCAAAUCUGAGAUGUUUGCAUCAUUGCAAGAAGCACAAUUGCGAUGUUUGCUACUUUGAAAUCAUAGGUAAUUCUUCAUGUUGAGAAGGAAAAAUCAGAAAUAAUAAUUUUUUGUGAAGAAGGCAAAAGUUUUGAUUACUUUGAAAACUGGACAUGAAUGGAAGUUUGUGUGCACUCGGGUUUGUUUUUUCCCCUCUCCGGCAGAACGCAGAAGUAAAUAGACAUGGGAUAGGACUGGGGAUGAUGAAAUUAACGAUAUCUGAAAGAACA